CCCACCACUACCAGAUCUUUUAAGGCACACACGACUAACAAGAAGUUGACGUAGUUAAACGUAGUCAACCGCAGACGACUAAAAGCAUAAGAGGAGAGUUUCAUUUCCGCCGGAAUAUUUCAUCUCCGGUGUCUUUGUAGUUGUCAAGAAAAUCUUGAAACAAAAGCUAUGCAAGGAGGACGAUUUGGUACAAGUGGGGAAGACAGGUUAAGCAUAUUACCUGAACCAUUGUUAUGUCAUAUACUUAGCUUUCUUAGGACUAAAGAUUCUGUUAGGACAAGUGUUUUGUCCUCUAGAUGGAGAGAUCUCUGGCUUUGGGUUCCUAGAUUAGACUUGGACAAAUCCGACUUCUCAGAUGACAAUCCCUCUGCCAGUUUCGUCGAUAAGUUUCUGAAUUUUCGAGGUGAAUCUUACUUGCGUGGAUUCAAGUUAAACACUGACCACGAUGUCUAUGACACUUCUACACUCGAGGCCUGUCUGAUGGGACUUGUUAAGUGUAAGAUUCAGCAUUUUGAAAUCGAGAAUUCUUUUGGCUUUUGUAUCCUCAUGAUGCCUUUGAUCCUUUCAAUGUGUCACACAUUGGUAACCUUGAAACUCAGUUUCGUAAUUCUGAGUAAAUUCGAGUCUCUUUCCUUACCCUGUCUCGAGAUAAUGCACUUCGAAAAGGUUAUAUUUCCGGGUGACAAGGCUGCAGAGGCACUAAUCUCAUGCUCUCCGGUUCUUAGAGACUUGAAAAUAAGCCAGAGUAGAGAUGAUGCUGUCGAAGUUUUAAGCGUCUGCUCUGCCUCACUAAAGAGCUUCACUUUGAAACUAUCGGAUCGUGAUUAUGUUGACAAUGGUGGAUUUACAGUUGUGAUCGAUACUCCGAGACUUGAGUAUCUGAAUCUCAAAGAUUACCAAUGCAAAGGCUUCAAGAUGGUCAGUAUGAGUGAAGAUGUCAAGGUUGAUGUUGAUGUCGUAUUUGAAGUGAUAGGUGGUACGGUAUUGUCGAAAAGAAAUAUUAUUUGUGAUUUUCUAUCCUGUGUUUCAAAUGUCAGAUAUAUGACCAUCUCAAGGAGGAGUCUUGAGUUCAUCUAUCGUCACCUGGAAUUGAAGCCACGAUUCAAAUUUCAUGACUUGGCUCGUUUGCGUGCUACUAUGUUCUCAAACUCCUCUCCGGAAAUGUUGCCAGUCAUUCUUGAGACAUGCCCAAAUCUGAAACACCUCACCUUGGAACUGGUUCAUGAUUCUCUAGUAACAGAAGGGACAAGUGGACUUUUGACUGCCCCGCCUCGUUGUUUGAUUUCAUCCCUUGAAUCUGUCGAUAUCGAAAGCCCGAUAACGGAUAAAGCAACGGAACUGAAACUGGUUAGCUACUUUUUGGAGAACUCGACAACACUGAAGAAGCUUGUUCUACGUUUGAAUCAGUCUUGUCGAGAUAAACACGAGCCGGGUCUCUUGAAACAACUCUUAGAAUCUCCAAGGUGCUCUAGUUUGUGUCAACUAGUCAUUAUCUGACAGCACGUUGUCGAUGCAACACAUAGUUAUUCUUGGUUUAUGAUAAAGUCUUUUGCUUUUUAUGAA